GCGACGACGCCUCCCCGUGUCGCACCGGCCGGGGUCCGUACGUGCCUCCAUCGCUGGCCACAAAACGGGGGCGCCAGGGCGAGGCGACAUCCGUGAGUCGACCACGGGUAGGAUUGCAUUAUCCUCUCCCUUGCGCCACGCCCGCCAUUCUUUUCCGCUGCCGCUCUGCUUUCCACUUCCAGGCGCAGCAGCAGCACCUGAUACCUGAUUCCGCACGCGCACGGGCUAGAUAGGUCCUCGUCUGUAUAGCUACAUCCAUCCAGCUGCUCUGCUCUGCCAUUGGGAGGCGCCGCACCUGACACCUCAAGUGCAGAAAUUCAGCAGAUGGUUGGUCGACCAUAGUUGCACCGCUGAUCAAAUCAGUCUCGUCAGCGGCGUAGCACGUGACGUGAUCCAUGGCGGGCGCAGGCAGCUCCAAAGAUGUAGCCGACUCAGUGGAGAAGUGGAUGGCGUUCCCGUCCGGGUCCGGGUCCGGCGAGGAGAGCAGCUUCACCCUCCCGACGCCGCCGUCACUGUCCAGCGGGAAGGAGAUCGUCGAGGAGCCGGGCGGUUCAGGCAGCGGCAGCAAGCAGCAGGGGUGGUGGCCCAAGCCGGAGCAGCGGCGCCGCAGCAGCAGCGGCGCCGGCAUGGGCAGCGCCAAGCCGUCCAUGGAGGGGCGCGGGUCGUCCGACGCGCUGCCGCGGGUGUCGCAGGAGCUCAAGGACGCGCUGUCCAACCUGCAGCAGACGUUCGUCGUCUCCGACGCCACCCGCCCCGACAUCCCCAUCAUCUACGCCAGCGCCGGCUUCUACACCAUGACCGGGUACUCCGCCAAGGAGAUCAUCGGACGCAACUGCCGGUUUCUUCAGGGCCCGGAGACGGACCAGAACGAGGUGUCCAAGAUCAGGGACGCCGUGAAGGCCGGCAAGAGCUUCUGCGGCCGGCUGCUCAACUACCGCAAGGACGGCACGCCGUUCUGGAAUCUCCUCACCGUCACCCCCAUCCGCGACGACAACGGCAAGGUCAUCAAGUUCAUCGGGAUGCAGGUGGAGGUGAGCAAGUACACGGAAGGGCUGAGCGACAAGCGCAUGCGGCCGAACGAGAUGCCGGUGUCGCUCAUCCGCUACGACGACCGGCAGAAGGAGAAGGCCAUGUCGUCGAUGACGGAGGUCGUGCAGACAGUGAAGCACCGGCGCGCGGACUCGCCGGAGCGGGAGCCGCCCAAGGCCAGCGACGCGGACAAGAUCAGCUCGCCGCUCGUGGCUCCUGCCACCCCGUCCGGCGGCGGCUACAAGUCGCCCUACUGGGACCUGAAGAAGGAGGAGUCGCGGAUGAGCAAGAUGAUGAGCGGGCGCAAGUCCGGCCGCUCCUCCCUCAUGGGGUUCAAGGUGGGGAAGAGGAGCUCCGUGGGGAGCAGGGAGCCGGCGGUGGUGGAGGCGCCGGAGUUGAAGAUGACGGUGGAGCGCACCAACAGCUGGGAGCGCGCGGAGAGGGAGAAGGACAUCAGGCAGGGGCUGGACCUCGCCACCACGCUCGAGCGUAUCGAGAAGAACUUUGUCAUCACGGACCCCAGGCUCCCAGACAACCCAAUUAUUUUCGCGUCUGAUAGCUUCCUGGAGCUGACGGAGUACACGCGCGAAGAGAUCCUGGGGCGGAACUGCAGAUUUCUUCAGGGAUCGGAGACCGACCAGACCACCGUUGACAAGAUCAGGGAGGCCAUCAGGGAGCAGAAGGAGGUCACCGUCCAGCUAAUUAACUACACCAAGAGCGGGAAGAAGUUCUGGAACUUGUUUCACCUGCAGCCUAUGUGGGAUCAGAAGGGGGAGCUUCAGUACUUUAUCGGCGUGCAACUUGAUGGAAGUGAUCAUGUUGAACCCCUCAGGAACCGACUCUCGGAGAACACUGAGAUACAAAGUGCCAAACUGGUCAAAGCUACAGCAGGGAAUGUGGAUGAAGCAGUCAGGGAGCUUCCUGAUGCCAACUUGAGACCAGAGGACCUGUGGGCAAUGCACUCACUAUCUGUUUCUCCAAAACCUCACAAACGGAAUAACUCUUCUUGGAGAGCUAUAGAAAAGAUUAUAGAAACUGGGGAGAAGAUUAGCUUGAAACACUUCAAACCAGUUAAACCUCUGGGGUGUGGGGAUACUGGCAGUGUACACUUGGUUGAGUUGCAAGGUAGUGGUGAAUUAUUUGCGAUGAAGGCAAUGGACAAAUCAGUGAUGUUGAACCGCAACAAGGUGCACCGAGCUAUUAUUGAAAGAGAAAUAUACUCUCUGUUGGAUCAUCCUUUUCUUCCAACAUUGUAUACUUCAUUUCAGACGCCAACACAUGUUUGUCUUAUAACAGACUUUUGUCCCGGAGGAGAAUUGUUUGCGGCACUGGAUAAGCAACCCUUGAAAAUUUUCAGAGAAGAUUCUGCAAGGUUUUAUGCUGCGGAGGUUGUAAUUGGUCUCGAGUAUCUUCAUUGUCUUGGUAUUAUAUACCGUGAUUUGAAACCAGAAAACAUUUUGCUCCAAGCCGAUGGGCACGUUGUGCUGACUGAUUUUGACCUCUCAUUUUUGACUUCUUCGAAACCCCAUGUUAUAAAGCAUUCGACAUCGCUAAAACGAAGGAGAUCUCAAGAAUUUAUGCCGCCUUCAUUUGUCUCGGAUCCUUCCACUCCAUCGAAUUCGUUUGUUGGAACUGAAGAAUACAUUGCACCAGAGGUCAUCACAGGUGCAGGACAUACAAGUGCCAUUGAUUGGUGGGCUCUUGGAAUUCUAUUGUAUGAGAUGCUGUAUGGGCGUACACCUUUUCGAGGAAAGAACAGGAAGAAGACAUUUUAUAACAUCCUGCACAAAGAUCUUACGUUUCCUAGUAGCAUCCCGGUUAGCCUGGAGGCGAAGCAACUAAUCCAUGGACUGCUUCAGAGAGAUCCCUCUUCUCGCAUAGGUUCAAAUACUGGUGCAAAUGAUAUCAAGGAACAUCCAUUUUUUGAAGACAUCUAUUGGCCACUUAUACGUUGCAUGAGUCCCCCGGAGCUUGAUGUUCCGUUGAAGCUGAUUGGCAAGGAGUCUCAACCAAAAGUGAAGCCCGAGGAAGGUGUUAUUGAUACAUUUUAAGGUGGAAAUGACGCAAGGACUGUUUGCACGACGUCCAUGUGGUAGGAAUGGUUGUUCUUAACCAAAUAAGAGGCUUGCAAGUCCUGUGAAGUGAUAGAAGGAAGUGUGGCCUUCAGUGUUUUCACUUUGAGAUGCCUCGAGAUCCUGUACAUGAGCUAUUCUUUUGGUUAGAUUAGGAGCUUAAGUAAAUAGGAUAUUAUUCCUGUAAAGUUUCACUCUUCCUGGAGAUGGUAUGGUAAGAUGUACGCGGCACGGAUAAUGUACUUUGAAAAGAUCUGAUAUUUGCUUCUUUACAAUAAAGCUUGUAUUUACAAACCA